UUUGGUGUUCCUCAGUAUGUGACGCAGACGGUGGAGGUGGAGUCGGCGGACUCUCAGAAAGCUGUGGCCGAGUUGCAGGUGAAGAACAACGCCCUGCAGGAGCAGCUUUCUGCGCAGAGGCAGCUGCUGCGAGAGCUCGAGACGCAGCUGCACGAGUCGCAGAGGACCUGCGCUCAGCUCAGGACGCAGCUCAUUGCAGAUCGAGGCCGUCUGUGCGGCCUCCUGUCCAAGGCCGUCGGCCGGCGCAACAGCGAGGUGGUUCGUGUGCGUAUGAACCUGCUGAGCCUGCAGCCGGCCCUCAGGACUCUCACCUCGGACUACAACUGUCUGAAGAGGCAGGUACAGGACUUCCCCUUCAUGCUGGACAAAGCAAUCACGGAGGCCAAGCAGGAGAUCUGUCAGGUGAUCAGUGAGGUGAGCAGCACCAACCAGGAGCUGCUGCGUAAAUACAAGCGAGAGAUGAACCUGAGGAAGAAAUGUCACAACGAGCUGGUUCGACUCAAAGGUCUGAAACAAGCUUCGUGUUUUCUGUCCGAUGUCUUUGUGCAUUUAAAACGUUUCAUAGCUCCCGCUCUCACCUGCUCGCUCACACACCUGAUCACAGUGUUUGAGUUGGGUCAUGUCAACAGAGCGACAGCCUGCACCAACCUGAACGAGCACAGCUCGCGGUCACACGCUCUGCUCAUCAUCACGGUGUCUGGAUUCAACACAGCCACUGGCAACCGCACGCUAGGGAAGCUGAACCUCGUGGAUCUGGCGGGCUCGGAGCGGAUCGGUAAGUCGGGGGCGGAGGGCAGUCGGCUCAGAGAAGCUCAGUGCAUCAACAAAUCCCUGUCGGCGCUCGGCGAUGUCAUCAACGCGCUGCGGAGCAAACACUCCCACGUGCCGUUCAGAAACUCGCGCCUCACGUACCUGCUGCAGGACUCGCUGAGCGGAGACAGCAAGACCCUGAUGAUGGUGCAGGUCUCUCCGUUGCCCAGCAACAUGAGCGAGUCGGUCUGCUCGCUGAAGUUCGCUCAGAGGGUUCGCAGCGUCGAGCUGAGCUCCUCGUCCUUCAGGAAACACGAGAACUCGUCCACGUCAUCCUCGCCCACCCACGACAGCGUUGAGCUGGACUCCCCCCCGGUGACCCCGGUCCCUCUCCCCAUCUCUCGGGCCAGCAGCGCCGGCUCCACCCUCUCCUCUGCCUCCAGAACUCCCAGCAGCUCCCGCAGGAGGUCCCAGUCGCAGCUCUCCACAGGACGACUGAAGCUGACGGCCUGACGGACGCCGUCGCUGCAGGACGGGCUGCGGGGUGUCAGCCAGCACCCCGAGGCCUCUGCCGCCUCCCUGCUGCUCUUCCUGGAUUUAUUUCCUCCUUAGCCGACGACAGGAGCAGCAAAAGCGAUCAAAGACCGAUGGAAACUUUACAGGACAGGACGGUCUUAAAUCUGGACAGACUGUCAUGAGACGAUUGGACUGCUGUGACGUCUGAUACGAGCUGACGGGACUCGCGCUCCUCCGUCGGGACUCAAAAGAAUCCUUAUUAACCCUGAAAUCAGUAUCUGCUCUCCAAUCAGUAUUUCUCAUCGUUUCUUUGUUGCACUUUAAACUUUUAGAUCAUUUUCUAACCUGAUGAUGUGCAUAGAUGCAUAAUGUGUUUGUAUAUUUAUGUUUGACAUGCUUUAAUUUUUUUCUUUUGGAGAAUGCGGACACGUGGAUUUUUCCGUUUUUGUUUUUUUUGUGAUCCAAAUUUAAUAUUUUUUGUCUUCAUCUGUUUUUAAUCUUUUUUUCUCUGCACCGUGUUCGAUGGAGGAUUUUGAGGCUGAAACCUUAAAGUGUACUUUUUUUUUUUUUUUUCAUAAAGUUGAGAUAAAUUU